AUGACUUUACACCUCAUAAAGGCCAAGGCAAGCCGGAGACAUAAAAGAGCCUUUGCUGUGACAGAGUACCUCUCUGUGGAGGAAGUGGAGCUGAUAGCUAACUGGUCCGGGUGCCCUGCACCUGUGCAGUCAGCCCGCUGUCCCCAGGGAGAGCAUUCCAACAAGUACCGCUCCAUCGACGGAGUCUGCAACAACAGAAAUAACCCUCUCUGGGGAGCCGCCAACACGCCAUUGGCCAGAUGGCUCCCGGCGGAGUACGAAGACAAGGAGAGCCAGCCCAAAGGCUGGAACACCGGCCGCCAGUAUGCCGGUUUCCAGCUCCCUCCGGUGCGUGAAGUGAGCAACAAAAUUAUGCAAGGCUCUGCCAGCAAGCCUGUCCUGGAGGAUGAAGCCUAUUCUCAGAUGCUGGUGGACUGGGGCCAGUACAUAGACCACGACAUCUCCUUCACUCCACAGAGCAGCCGCAGAAGCAGCACGUCGGUUCCCAACGGACCGGACUGCCUGAGCAUGUGUGAAAAUGCCAACCAGUGCUUCCCGAUAGAGCCUGUUCUGAGGUUCUCUGUGUUCUGGGGAGAACAGCCUGUUCUGAGGUUCUCUGUGUUCUGGGGAGAACAGCCUGUUCUGAGGUUCUCUGUGUUCUGGGGAGAACAGCCUGUUCUGAGGUUCUCUGUGUUCUGGGGAGAACAGCCUGUUCUGAGGUUCUCUGUGUUCUGGGGAGAACAGCCUGUUCUUUUCCAUGGGACCCCAGACAUGCGUAAGCCUUUGGAUGCUGAAUGUCUCGAGCAUCCUAAGACUGUGCAAACAGCCAGAAUCCCCGCGGAGGAGCAGCUGUUUGGGAGGAAGGGCUGUCUUCCUUUCUUCCGUUCGUCGCCUGCCUGCCUGAGCGUGGAGAAGAGUGGCCCUCGCCGCGACCUCCAGCAGAUGCUCCAGCGGCAGCAGACCAACUCUGUUACUUCCUUCCUGGACGCCUCCACCGUGUAUGGACACGGCCCAGCUCUCCAGAGCCUGCUGCGGGACCGAGCCAGCUCCGCCGGCCUGCUGGCUGUCAAUCACAGGUUCGCCGAUCACGGCGGGCGGCCCUUCUUGCCGUCUGUUGCCAACAACACCCCGUCGGCGUGCUUCCAGGAGCCCGGCGGUGACGGCGGCGGCGCCGGGGCGGGGAGCGAGCGGGUGGAGUGCUUUCUGGCGGGGGACAGCAGGGUGAACGAGGUGCUGCCACUCAGUGCCCUUCACACGCUGUGGGUCAGGGAGCACAAUCGAGUGGCGGCCACUCUGAAAGCACUCAACCCCCAGUGGAGCGCAGAGAUCACUUACCAGGAGAGCCGCAAAAUCAUCGGAGCGCUGCACCAGAUCAUUACCAUGAGGGACUAUGUGCCAAAAAUCAUUGGACAGGAGGCUUUUGAUCAAUAUGUCGGCCCGUACAGAGGUUACGACGACUCUGUGAAUCCGUCAGUCUCUAAUGUGUUUGCUACGGCUGCGUUCCGCUUUGGCCACGCCACCAUUGCAGCGGUGCUGACGAGGCUCAACGAGAGUCUCCAGGAGCACCCACUCUUCCCCUCUCUCCAGCUGCACCAAACCUUCUUCAGCCCCUGGAGGAUCGUCAGGCAGGGAGGGCUGGAUCCUGUGAUCCGUGGCCUUUUGGCCCGGCCCGCCGCCAAGGUGACCCGGGACCACUUAAUGAGCCAAGAGCUGACAGAGAGGCUGGUGAUGCUGACCAUUCCCGAGACUCUGGACCUGGCUGCCCUGAACCUCCAGCGGGGACGAGAUCACGCUCUACCAGGGUACAACGAGUGGAAGCGCUUCUGUGGGUUUGACAGAGCGCAGACUCCGACAGACCUUGGUAAGGUUCUAAAUGACUGGCGCCUGGUUGAAAAGAUUAUGGAGCUGUAUGGCCACCCUGACAACAUUGAUGUGUGGCUGGGCGGCCUGUUGGAAGAGGUGCUGCCCGGUGCUCGGACCGGCCCCCUGUUUGCCUGUCUCAUCGGGAAACAGAUGAAAGCACUUCGCCAGGGAGACAGGUUUUGGUGGGAGAGCCCAGGCGUGUUCACACAGGACCAGAGGGCAGAGGUGAUGAAGCACUCUCUGUCGCGUGUCAUCUGUGACAACAGUGGGAUAGAGGUGGUGCCCUCGGAUGCCUUCAGACUGGACAGAGGCCCACAGGAUCUUCUCCCCUGCAAAACCGUCCCCUCAAUGAACCUGGAGGCUUGGAGGGAGAGUUUGAACCAAGGUUUGGGGCUCAGCAUCUUGACUUCUUCAUUUACAUUUCCAAUUAGUGCAAAGUGUUAA